CGGGAUUUUAGGGGGCGUGUUUAGAGGUCAGCACCCGCCGUCUUCGGUUUUCUUCAAAAGUUCCUCCCCCUGAGCUGCGCGAGGCUGCGUCCGGACACUUCGUUUCUGCUGUAGGUAGCGGAUUUUUUUUUGAAACCCACUCUUCGCAAUGUCUGCUGGGAACGCCAAGAUCGGACACCCUGCUCCUCAGUUCAGCACCACGGCUGUGGUGGAUGGGGCAUUUAAGGAGGUCAAGCUGUCUGAUUACAGAGGGAAAUAUGUGGUGCUCUUUUUCUACCCCCUGGACUUCACCUUCGUAUGCCCCACGGAGAUCGUGGCUUUCAGCGAUCGAGUGGACGAGUUCCGUAAGAUAGACUGUGAGGUGAUCGGAGCCUCCAUAGACUCCCAGUUCAGCCACCUGGCCUGGAUCAACACACCACGGAAGGAAGGGGGCCUGGGCCCAAUGAAGAUCCCGCUGCUGGCUGACGUGAAGAAGUCAAUCUCCCGUGACUAUGGGGUGCUUAAGGAGGACGAGGGCAUCACUUAUCGGGGCCUGUUUGUGAUUGACGGAAAGGGCAUCCUGAGGCAAAUCACCAUCAACGACCUGCCAGUGGGGCGCUCCGUGGACGAGACCCUGCGUCUGGUUCAGGCCUUCCAGCACACUGACAAGCACGGGGAAGGUGAGCACCUCCGUGUGUCCAGAGCAAUUCGCGUCACUCAUGCGGGGGCAGGUGGAGAAAUGAUACACAAAACGAAUGAUAUGCAUUGUAUUUCCAAAGGAACUGGGACACCUGCCUUUACACAUGCAUGGACUUUAAUGACACCCCUUUCUUAAUACAUAGGCUUUAAC